UGAGCGCGCUCAGACGAGUCUGGCAGCAGACGGGGGAGUCAUUCAGACCUGAGCAGGACUCGAACCAGCAACAAGCUUAUACACAACCAGCACAUAUUCACCUCUGAGAAGAAGAAGGAAUAGGAGAGGAGGGAAAAGAAGCAGAAAAAGAAGUAAAGGAAGAGAGAGGAGGAGGUGAAGGACAGGAAGAAGAGCGUCUGCAGGGGAAACAGGUGGCUGUGUUUCCAUGGCAGGUGUGUGGUUGUUGCUGAGCCUGUGGCUAAGUGUGUGCCUGGCAUCAAAUCUGGAUACCUCGUUCCCGCUGGUGAAGGUGGGUGAGGAUGGAAGUCUGUUCGGACUGUCCGUUGCGCUGCAUCUAGACCUGAAGACACACUCUUAUCUACAAUUGGUCGGGGCUCCAAGGGAAAAGGCGGAGCUGAAUGUUCAAGCAAAUAGAACAGGAGGAGUGUACAGCUGCCCAAUCAACGCUGACCAAUCAGACUGCAGCAGGAUAAAGCUCAUUGACCCAGACCAGAGCUUGUCUGACGAGAUGUUUGAAGACAUGUGGCUGGGUGUCUCAGUGGCCAGUCAGGGCCCACCUGGGGGGCGGGUUCUGGCGUGUGGUCAUCGCUUCGUUAAACUGUAUGGAGCUUUUCAACUCAGACACAUGAUUGGUCGAUGUUAUAUCCGUGGAAACAACUUCCAGUUUAAUGUAUCGGACUUAGACUGGCAGAACCCGGACCAGGCCUGCAGUCACCUAGGUGAGGUCUCCAAAGAGGCAAUGUGUACCAUGGGGAUAUCUUCCUCCAUCACUCAAACUGAAGUCAUCGUUGGCUCACCUGGAAGCUUUGAAUGGCAUGGAAAUGUCCAUGCCUCCUGGAUGAAUCCAGACGUGCAAUUUGACACACGGAGGAGCUCCCUCAAAAAAGUGAAGGACAGGAAUAUUUACAUAGGGUAUUCCGUGACUCAGGCCUUGCAUCUUCUGUCUAAGGAUAGUGAAACCAUAGUAACAGGAUCUCCAAAGGACAGUAAACAGGACGCUCGUGGCUCUGUGCUGCUGCUGGUCAAACAGGAUGACCUUCUGGUAAUUCAGCAGACUCUGCGGGGUGAGCAGACAGGCUCGUACUUUGGUAACGCUUUGGCAACCAGCGACCUCAAUAACGAUGGGUGGAAUGACCUGCUGGUAGGCGCUCCUUUUUAUUUCGAGCGUCAGCAGGAGGUGGGUGGGGCCGUUUAUGUUUACAUGAAUGUAGGAGGCCGCUUCGAUUCCCGUCCCAGUGUGGUGCUGAAGGGACCGGCUUGGUCUGCAUUCGGUAUGGCAGUCUGUGCCACUGGAGACCUGAACCAAGAUGGCUUCCAGGACUUUGCAGUUGGAGCUCCUUUCCAUGAAACAGGAAGUGUGAUGAUCUGGACUGGAAGCAAAGAUGGAGUCUCUACAGAACCAAGCCAGGUGAUCAAGGGCAGCACGGUCUCUCCAAGGUUCAGAUCCUUCGGGUACUCUCUGUCUGGUGGUUUUGAUGUUGACGGGAACAAAUAUCCCGACCUGAUGGUGGGCUCUCUGGAUGACACUGUUGCUCUGCUAAGAACCCGUCCAGUCAUUCACCUCAAUAAGACCCUCACAGUUUCCCCGGCCAUCGUUGACCCCCAAAGCUGUGACUUCUGUAUUCAGGUGAAGGUGUGUUUCUCCUACAUGUUCAGCAUUGGAGCGAAGAGUGACAAAGACAACAUCACCAUCCUCUACACCCUGACUGCUGAUGUCACAAGCCUCAAGCCCCGCCUCCGAUUCCAUGACAACAGGCAGAGCGUGUACUCUGGUAAAAUGUCGAUGCCGAAGAAACGGUGUGAAACUCUGAGAGUGGGACUACUGACUCCGAUCCGAGACAAAGUGGAACCUCUGGAGUUCUCUUUGGAAUUCUCUCUACAUGAGGAGCCUUCCAAGAACAUAAAUGUUGUUCAGGACCUCAAACACUACCCUGUGCUGAGCCAGACACCAAAACCUGUCACAAAAAAGAUCCACAUCCAGAAGGCUUGUGGUGAUGAUAACCGCUGCAGCAGCAACCUGCAGAUGACGGCACAUUUCACAGAUGAGAACCAGAAACCCCUUCCAACGCACGAGGACAAGCAGAUGUGGUACUACAAUGGCAGCACUAACCGAUUGCUCCUGGAGGUUAACGUCAGCAACACACCUUCACUUGGGCGACCAGCAGAGGAUGCUCAUAAUGCUGUUCUGAGCAUUAACAUCCCACCCCUUCUCAUAUACUCUGGGGUCCGAACAAAGUUUCAGGGGGACGUCCAUGCAGUGGUGGAGUGUUCUGUCAAGGACACUGUUCUCAUUUGUGAGCUGGGGAAUCCUUUCAAAAGCAAUGAGAAGGUUGAGGUUUUGAUCAUAUUCCAGCCAUCUAAGAUCAGUUUAGACACCAGAGUGAUUCAGUCUGUGCUUCAACUGUCCACGCUUAGUGAGCAGACAGAUCUGUUACCUGUCUCUGUCACUAUGUUGGUGGAUUAUUCACUGCAGACAUCUCUCAUUCUAAUCAAUCCGCCAGGCUUCGUCUCCUUCAGCGGUCAUGUGAUUGGUGAGUCGGCCAUGAAUACCACGGAGGAUGUCGGCAGUAUGGUGCUCUUCACCUUACAGAUCCACAUCAAUGGGAAGCCAUUGGGUCCCCUGGGCAACCUUGAGGUGGAGUUUGAUUGGCCAAUAGAGGUGUCCAACGGGAAGUGGUUGUUGUACCUCACAGAGAUCCAAGUGAACGGUACAUCAAAUUCCCACUGUGCUCCACCUGGCAAGAUCAUCAACCCACUCAACCUCAAGCUGCCAAAGAAGACAAGAAGGAGGAGAAGUGCUGAAGAGGAACUGAAAGAGAAAAAGGAGUCCCAGGGGAAAAAAAACCUGCCUGUCCUCAACCUACAAGGACAGAAAAGGAAGUCCUACACUCUGGACUGUGCGAAUGGAGCAAAUUGUGUGAGGUUCGUUUGUCCGCUGUUAAACAUGAACAACUCAGCAACUCUGACUGUCAGAGCAAGACUGUGGAACUCCACAAUGAUCGAGGACUACAGUGAUGCAAGGACUGUGUUGGUUCGAGGCAAAGCAACGCUGAAGCUGCAGACCAAUAAACCAACCAUCAGCAUGGAGCCUCAAAGCACAGAGAUUGAGGUCCAUGUUUAUCCUGACAUGGGGCAGCAGUUGGACUCCAACGCCCCUUUGUGGAUCAUCGUGGUAUCUGUUCUUGCAGGAGUCAUACUGCUGGCUCUGAUCUGCCUGCUGCUUUGGAAGUGUGGUUUCUUCAAGAGAGCCAGUACCAGAGAGCUGUAUGAAGCAAAGACCGAGAAAGCCCACAUGAAGAGCCAGCCAUCUGAGCAUGAGCGGCUGGACCAGGAGCUCUAAGGCUGGGCACACUGCUGCCAGAGAGCCCUGCUUGCGGUUUCUUUGAGCGCCAGAAGGCGUGGCGGGCCACGGAGCUCCACCAGGGGAGGAUAUUGGUCAAAGACAAGCAGCAGCAGUAUACUGACGCUGACGGUUUCCUGAUCCAAGACCACACCUCCUCGGCUAAAAGUAGGAAGUCCCCAAAACACUGGGUCACUUUGUGGACUGAGGCACACUAAGAGACCAGCAAUAUAGAUGGAAUUGGACCAACUUAUCCUGACCCAAAUCAGACCAAGACAUGCUUAACCAAACUAAACCAGACCAACGUAUUGUGAACCAAACAAGACCAACACAUCAUAUACUAGACUAAACCAGACUGACAUAUCCUGAACCAUACUUGCCUGAUCAAGAAGUCCUCAACUGAACCAACACAUGCUGAACAAAUACAACACAUCCCAAUCUAGACCAAACCAGAGAAAUAAGUCCUGAAUUCUACCUGAGCCAGCACAUCCAGAACUGUACAGUGCCAACCAGCUAAUCUUCAAUCAAACCAAACCAGAAAACACUUACUAAACCAGACCAAACCAGAUCAACAGGUCCUGAACCGCACCAAACAAGACCAACAUUGUCUGAAUUAAACCAAAACAUUGUGGAAAUACGAACACAUCAUGAACAAGACCAAAUCAGACCAACACAUCCUGAAUGGUACCAAACAAGAUCAACCCUCCCAAAAAAACAUCAGGGACAAGACCAAAGUAGACCAACCCAUUCAGGUCCUGUCCAGCACAUCCUGAACCAGACCAAACUAGAGAGAACCAGCCAGAAUGGGACCAAACUAGAUGAACAAGUCCACAGCCUCCAGCCCACCACAUCUAGAUGAGACCAAACCAGACCAAACUACAAAAAAUCAACAUACUUCACUAAAAAACUACAACGUGAACCAGACCAAAUCAGGACAACACAUCCUGAACCAAACAAGACCAGAACAAUAUGGACCAAACUGGACCAAAGUGAACCCAACACUGCCAUUUAAUACCUGCCUUCCUGUGUGUUUGUGUGUCUACUGUCCAACGAAAACUUCUUAAAGUGUUUACAGUUAGUUCAGUUCUGUAUUCAAAAUUCGAGAUGCAAGGUUUUCAGCUGACAAGAGUUUUCGUUUAUUCCUGUUUAAAGUGUAUUUUUGAUGUGUUUUUUUUUUAUCUAAGGUAUGUGGUUCUUAAUGUGUUUUUUAAGGUGAAAUCCAUUUCCCAGCAUCCUUGUUGCCUCUGAAUGCAUAAUAUAUGGUGCAGUUGAUGUCUGCCAGAUCAACAGUCUACUGUGGUCACAAAAAACAACCAAAAGACUGAAUGAUCUUGGAAGAAGGAGGUGAACUAUUGCUGAUUUAAUGAAUUUAAAGAACCAAAUAUGGCAGCAGAGUUGAGUGUUUAGUCAUUUUUGAUGUUAUGUUGAAGUGCUGCCUUCAAGGGCUCCUGAAAAUGUGAGGUGUUGAGUUCAGGUGCAAAAAAGAAUCCCUUAAAAAAAAAAAACGCUUUAUUUUAUAAAUAUAACAGCUGGCUGAAAAAAAAAAAAGACUGUUGCGUUUCCAAUUUUUAGGUGUUUUUAUAUGAUGGUUGUAUUUCUAACAGCACUUGAAAGCAGCACGUAUUUGUGUGUGUAACAUUAUGUGAUGUGUCAUCACUGUUGUGAACUGUUGUCGGUCUGUACGUAUGUUGAUAAUAUUAAAGUAUUUUUUGAUAGCUUAG